CUCUUCAGACUCUUCUACCGAGACACCUCUCUCUCUCUCAAGCAUCAGUCCGAAUUCGACCUCAUCGCCAUCGUCACUCGUCCGUUGUAAGGCAAACAAAAAGGUGUCGUUCCAAAACCAAACCCUCCGACCACCAUUGAGGUUUCCGUUCCAUUUCUCGCCGAUCGCCGUCGUCACUCGUCGCUUGUCGUCCGUCAGUCAUCGACCCAACCCUCCAGCCACCACUGAGAGAUUGCAAUGUCACGUAGACGUGCCGCUACACUAGAGGAUCCUGUUGAGCAUGGGAGGAUGCGUGAACCACCACAUACAUGGUAUCCGAUUGGCAGCAACGUCAACUCAUCCUCCCAAGGCAAGACUAGAUCACUUUCAGAUGGCUCAUCAUCAGAAGUUGGCUCAUACAGAUGCAGAUGAUUCUAUGGAGAGGUGGUUCAUGCAAUCUCUUGGAAGAAAAUGGCAAGGAUGGAAAUGUGAAGCAAAAAAACAAGGAUACACGCCAUAUAAUAAUGAUGCAGAUAGAAUAGCUCAUAGGCAUAGUAGAGUUAUGGAGGAGCAGUGGCGGUGUCUGGUCUAUUAUUGGAAUGAUAGAGGUCUAUUAUUGGAAUGAUAGAGAUGUAAAGGUAUGCGAAACAGA